GUCGCCGACUCCGCCUUGCUCCUCUCCUCUGCGUCCUUCUGCUGCGUCUUGUCCUUAAUGAAGCGGAUACCCAUAUCGAGAUGUGCCUCGCAAUUGCUGGCCCAACCACUGCCACGCCGGCCCUCGUGUCCAUGUGCCGCGGCGAAGAAUGCCCAGAGAGGCAUUGCACCUCAUAGCCACCGGAUACAGGCUCGCUUCCAGACCACGGCCGCCAUACCGCACGACGGCGACCUGGAAAUCGAGAUUGCUGCAAAUUCGGGUGCGUCGUCGGCAGCCGCCUUACGCCCCGCGGGCUCGCAGCCUCUCGCACUCGAGAGCCUCCCCUCCCCACAUCCCAGCGCCGCCGAGCGCUCGAUAAAACUCCACGCCCUCCGGAGCCGGCUAUCACUACCACCCCGAUUCCCCCUCCAGGCCCUCGCACGCACCCUCGUACACCCCUCUGCAGACCCCAACCCCGCAUUCAACAAUGCCUCACUGUCGAUACUCGGGCGCCAUCUGCUGAGCUACUACACAACCGAGUGGAUUGUGUGCAACUACCCACGGUUGCCCAUGGCGGUUGUCUUUGCUGCAGUAGAAGCAUACAUUGGGCCCAAGGCACUAGCCACAAUGGCCCGUGAAUGGGGCAUUGAGGCGGCGGCUGAGCCCGGUGGUGAAGUGGACCCCGGCCUACUACAAUUCAAGCGCAUACAAUCUGGAGACGAUCUCCCAUCUUCCCUGAAGCGGCAGGUACCGUGGAGCUGGAACGUCACUACAACACACAAAAUUAUGAAGACGGAUGAAUUUGGCUCGGAGAAUGCCGCACCUGGCCCGCAUUCCCUGCAGAACACGGGAGUGCCGACAGAGGAGGCCGCACAGUCGUUUGUGCGCGCACUGAUGGGCGCACUACACCAACAUCUCGGCUCACCCCUCGUCAAGCGCUUUUUCCGCGACCAUUUCCUGAGCAGACACCUGGACAUGAGCAAAUUGUUCGACUUCCGCACACCGACGCGGGAUCUUUCAACGCUGUGCGCGCGAGAAGGCUUUGAACCACCCAUUGCACGACUCAUCUCGGAGACUGGUCGUUUGAGCAGACAUCCCGUGUUUGUGGUGGGUGUCUACAGCGGCAAGGACAAGCUGGGCGAGGGAGCAGGCAGCUCGUUGACUGAGGCAAGGAUAAGAGCAGCGGCAGCGGCAUUGAAGGCGUGGUAUCUGUACAAGCCCGUGCAGGUGACGGUACCAAGCAGCACAGAGGGCGAACUGGACACGAGCAAGUGGCGGCCAAACUAUGUCGACUGUGGUGAGGUUAUUGUGUAAGAUUUCAUGGCAUGGACCACACUCUGGGGUUGCAGGAAAUGCAUAGUGGGGACGCAUUGUACGGAUGGAUGAUAUACUCUUCGCUUAUACGAAACUUUGGUGGCGGAGGUGGCGGAGGUGGCGCAGGAAGAAAGGAUUCCAGAAAGAGUGUGCCGGUACCAAGUUCAAGGAUGAUGGAUGGUUCGGGGGGGUCCAACGAAACGUCAUUCACAGGGACAGACGUCUGCGCUCGAGUAACAGCGCACAUGUAUCAUAUGUGACAUCAUGAGGAUAGCACGACGAUCCGCAAUGUAGAAUACCAUAUAAACG